AUGGUUGAAUGCACCGAGAUAGUAUUUCUUGUCCUCCGGGAUGGGCUCAACCCCGAAGAAAAAGGCUCGCGAGCAGCAGAGAUCGUGAAGAAAGCGGGUGCCACAUUGGCGGAGCAAAAAGGCUUCCUCCGCAGCUAUUGGGGUCUUCGAGUCGAGGAUCCCAAAUCAUUUGUGUUGACCAUCGACUGGACCGACGUGCAAGAACACAAGGACUUCAUCAACUCUGAAGCUUACAAGCCGUUUGUCGCGCUGUUGGCCGAGCUCUUUGACUUCAACAUUGCACCCCCCUUCUUCUACCACGUCAACUUCACAUCCGAUUCCGUCCCCGCCCGCGAGGCCCCCGUGACCGAGUUCGCCACCUUUGGCAUCUCCGCCUCGAGCUCCCAGGCCGACAAGUCCAAGCUCGAGGACAACACGCUGAGGCUCGCGCAGUUCGUCAAUGCCAACGACAAAUCCAAAGGCUCGGCUAUCGGCUGGACGAUCGAGGAGAUCGAGGGCCCGAAAGGUGCGACGAACCCGCUGCAGGUGUUGAUUGGCUGGGACAGCGUCGAGGAUCAUAUGAAGGCGAGGGAGAACCCGGAGUUUGGCCCGUUGAUCGGACCGAUUCGAGAGAGUAUCCUGCCGCCAAAGGAUGGCGUUCAGGGCCUCGCGGUGUUUCACUCCAAGUUGCAUGGAAAGGAUUUUCUGUAG